CUCAUCCCAUCAGUUUUCUUCUUCUUCUCUCUCUAGAUCUCUCUCACUCUCUCUUUUCCAGCACAAUGCAGCCUGAGCAAACAGUUUCCAACAUGGAAAACAGACCGAACAGGGAGCAAUUGGAAUGCUCGUGCUUUACCGAGGACGAUUGCAAGCAGCACGAUUUGACUCCAGACAAAAGGUUCAGCAUCAUGGAGGAGGCUAUCGAGAAGGUCAAAAGACUUGCGGAUGGCACAGACGUGACCCCGUUCUCCUCGGAAGAGUACAUGAUGUAUUUCUCCUGCGCGUUCUUCUUCUCUAGCAUCCGCUUCUAUGGCAGCUAUACGGGCAUCCUUUAUGAGAAGUUCGUUGCGGCUUUGCAAGACAACAUACUUGGAGUGAUACUGCCUGCUCUAGAUGGCAAAGAGGAUGUUCCAUUGCUGAUGGAGAUCAUGGACCUGUGGUCAAAGUACAAAAUACUCGCUCAUUGGCUUCUGAGAUUUUUCGAGCCUCUGAGGCCUUUCUGUUCUAUAACUAGAGGCGCUAACAUAAGUGAUGUUCCGUACAGGCUCAUCUGCGACGGGGUCUUUGAUCCAAUGUGGAGUAGGUUCAGAGGGGCAGUGAUGCGUUUGAUCAAUCAAGAACGCGCUGGGAUCAUGGUCGACAGGGACAUAAUCAAGGCCGCGAUUCGACUAUUUGUGGAAGUUGACGAUAAGGGGAAGAGAUUCUAUUACAGGAACUUCGAGCAAGUGCUGCUGACGGACAUCCAUGCACGAUAUGCCAAAUUAGCUCAAGAUUGGAUCUCGGAUUGUUCGUUUGACGAAUACAUCGGACAGGCUCUGGAUUGCAUAGAGAUGGAAGAAACAAGAAUGGUUUACUACUUACCUCGGAACACAAUGGCAAAUGUGAUAGAGGCCAUGAAGUACGAGUUUCUGGAAAAACAAACCAGGAGCGUCGUGGAAUUGCUCUUCCGAGGCUGCCCCCGCAGUCGCUAAGUUGCCCAACGAGUGAGCAAGCUGCAUGUUGUUUGUUGUGGUACUUACCAUAGAGUGCUGUAACAAAAUACAGUCUAAUAAAUCAAGACAAUGUUGUGUGUUUGUUGUUGUUUUGUACUUAAAAGGGAAAUGCUUUUUCCCGAGGUCUGGUUCGCCGAAAAACUUAAGCUUUUGGGACAGUCGGCGACUUAAUAGUACUGUACCCGUAUCCGUAAUGGACUAGUUUAAAUUUGGCAUCUAAUUAAAAGCCAUGAUAAUAAUUGUAGCUUGCUGUUUUACA